AUGGUGGGCGACGGCUUGGGGCGCCUGGGGCGCUUCAGGGGAUGCAGCGGCACCUUGGCGGCUCUGGCGUUCCUUGGCUUGUGCUCGCAGGGCUUUGGGCAGAAUCUUCAGAAGGGCCAGGAGGCACCCUGCUCCGGCAGCUCUAUUCUACGAAUGAUCCGGGACUUCGCGCCUGAGUGCAUCUCGGCUUGCCCAGAAGUGUGCGUCCCAAUGGCAAGCCUCAUCACCAAUGUCAUGAUGGGCCAAGAUCCUUUUUUGACGAUCUGCCCAAACUGGCAGACCUUUUAUUGCAUGGCUUUGCCAGAUGUCUUGGGAUCAUGCACGCCGCUUCUGGAUGCCGCCAAGAAGUAUGUGGGAAUCGAUCUGCCCAGGAGUGGUGAGCAGCUCAUGGAAGUCUGCGAGGUGUCCAGCACCUCCACAGCCCCCACAGCCCCCAGCACCUCCACCAUGACUGCAACAAAAGUAACAACAAUCACCAAGUCGACCAAGUCCACCACAUUCACAGGGACCACAUUCGCCGAAGGCGAUGCGUCCACGUCAGAGCCUGCAGAGACCACUGUAAAAGAAGUGGCCGAAAGCUCUUCGUUUCCCAAUCAAAGCCCAGCUCGAGGAGCGACUUCGACAACGGCCACAGUCACAGCCACAGCCACAGCCACAGCCACAGCUACAAAUAGCAUUACUUCCACACUUACAGCCACUAGCACCGGAACCCUCACCACGACCACACCCACUCCACACACCGUGACAACGGAGCUCACCGAAGCAGGCACAACAGACGCAAGCACAACAGACGCAAGCACAACAGGUGCAAGCACAUCAGAAAGUACGACAAGUUCUGAGGAUUCUCAGCCGUUGCAAAGCACAGCUCUCGAUGAUCUUGUGGUAGUAGCAGCCGGGCCUCCGAUGAAUCAAUCUCAGCAAAAUCAGACAGAGGAUGUUGAGGUCCACAACACCAGCAACAACUCAGACUCAGACGAUGUUGAUGAUUUUCGAGAUGGCCGCGGGCUUACCCCGUGCUACGUUAUCGACAACGCUCGCGGCACAUCUUGGAGCUGGGUGCUCUGCCUCAGCUUGGCUUUCAAGCUUUCAUGCUAG